CUGAUCGCCAAAACAACAACACGACAGGGACAAUGAGCACGUGGAAGCGGGAGAUAAUGAUGAUUUUGGCCAUAUAUUCCCUAGUGGCUGUUACUUCCUCUGUGACUAAUGACGUCCAAGGAAGAAAGUCACCUAAGACAUCACUGCCCCUUGUAAUAAAUACAUGGUCAUUUGUUAAUUCAACAGCAAAAGCAUGGAGUGUGUUGUACAAUGACAAAGGUUCGGCUUUAGAUGCUGUAGAGAAAGGCUGUUCUGUGUGUGAGGAGCUGCAGUGCGAUGGAUCUGUAGGUUUUGGAGGAAGUCCAGAUGAAAAUGGAGAGACAACGUUAGAUGCAAUGAUUAUGGAUGGGACAACACAUGAUGUAGGAGCAGUUGCUGCUCUGCGUAGAGUUAAGAGUGCAAUAUCUGUUGCUCGAAUGGUACUUGAACAUACAACACAUACAUUGCUUGUGGGAGAUCAGGCCACGGAGUUUGCUCUACAAAUGGGAUUCAAGGAAGAAAAUUUGACGACUGCUAAGUCUGUUGAAAUACAUGAGCAUUGGAAAGAAGAAUCCUGUCAGCCUAAUUACUGGAAGAAUGUUCUGCCAGACCCUACAGCAAGUUGUGGACCCUAUACCCCUGUAGAUGUAUCAACGAAAAGUAAAAAAUGGGCAACUGCACAAGAGGGAAAAAAUUUUAAUACCGGGAACCAUGACACUAUUGGAAUGAUUGCCAUAGAUACUCAAGGACACAUUGCUGGUGGAACAUCAACUAAUGGGGCCACUCACAAGAUUCCUGGUAGGGUUGGAGAUUCCCCAAUUCCAGGCAGUGGGGCCUAUGUUGACAGACAUGUAGGAGGAGCGGCAGCCACAGGGGAUGGAGAUGUGAUGAUGCGCUUCAUGCCAGCUUUGAUAACAGUAGAAGGAAUGAGGUCUGGUUUAUCUCCUCAUAAAGCUGCAGAAAAAGCCCUAUUUCAGAUUGCAAUGUAUUACCCUGGAUUCAUGGGAGCAGUUGUUGCGACAUCAAUUACUGGGGAGAUUGGGGCAGCUUGUCAUGGUUUUGAUAGAUUCCCGUAUUCUGUUGCAAAUCCAACACUGCAGGCAGUAACUGUGAUGGAAGUUCUUUGCUUUGGUUAAUGGAUAAUGAGUCUUCAGAUUCAAUGGAUUGCAAGAAUAAAGAGAUUUUGUAGCAUUUUUCAUCAUAAUGAAUGAAUUACAUGUAUUAUAGGAUUCUUCAGAGUCGGCUUGCAAUAUUGUUUUCACAUUUCUGUUGGCACUUACUCAUUUUAAUCUGUUUCAGAAAAAUUGUAAUGCUAAUGUUCCAGUUUUCACCAUUAUUAUAAAAAUAAGGGGAAAGAACUACAGAGGAUUGUAUUUAUGUUUAGGCCAUCCAGCUCGACCAACUACGUGUUCUAUGGAUAUGAAACUUUUAUAUAUUUAAGACAUAUAUUAAUGUGUUGUGCAGUGGUGAAGGAUUGUUGUGAUAUAUUUAUCUUUCUCUUGCAAUUCUGUUCUUCAUUUCUAAGUGUACUUCUUUACUUCUAAUUUCCCUUUUUUGCCAUUCCUUUCAGAAUUAAUAAAAUACCGAAAUGAAACAUGCAGGAUAUUGAUAUAUUGCAUAAUGUGUAAGAUGAAUGAUGUAUGCAAUUUCAAAAGAUUUUAUUAUUUUACAGCUUCUACCAUGUUACAUAUUUUACACCUUUUAAGUAUAGUAUAUUUUGCAUUUACUGAAGCUGUAAUUGAAAGCUCGUAUGAUCAGAGUUUUAUCUUUCCGAGAUAUUUUUGUAAUGCAUGAGGGAGAGGUGUCGAGGUUUGAAUUUCAGGGAUUUUGGUCAUUGAGGAUCCAAGGUUGCUCUGGGGUGACUUGACAACAGAGAAAUUGCUUCUGCCUGUAGUUAUUAAAAACUCAAUUUCUGUUGGUCAGAUGUAGAUACCUAGUUCUUAUUGCUAGCUAGGUAAGCUCUGAUGCAAAAUUAUUUUGAUUCAAUUGUGCAGUUGGUACAUGAAAUAGAAAUUGAAAAUGUACAAUCCAAUAAGUAGAUUUAAAAUUGGUCAGCAAAAUAACAUUAGAAGAGAAUAAUAAAAAACUUUAGGAUGAAUGAUUAUAUUUGUUACAGUAAUUUUCAUACAACAUUGAACCUUAGACAUGUAAGUGCAGUGUAGUCUAUAAGUGUCUUUAAAAUGGUCCUCAGCACUUUCCUAAUGUUAAGACAUGAAGCAAACAAAACUGAGAAUAAAAGUUAUUUU